AAACACAAGGGAGAACGCACCGUGGCUGAAGAAUAUAAAUUGUUUCUGCUUGAUGGUUUGAAAACACGCACUGAAAUGGAAACCUCAACAGCAAAGAGACUGCAGACCUCCCUCUUCCUCACCCUCCUCUUCUCGCUGGCCUGCGACACGCAGACCGUCCCAGACUGCUGCCGACAGAAGACCUGCUCCUGCCGCAUUUAUGACCUCCUGCAUGGCACGGGCAACCACGCAGCAGGCAUCCUGACCUUGGGCAAGAGGAAAACGGAUGGCCAGGCAUACCAGAGUCGACUGUACCGCCUCCUCCAUGCCUCCGGGAACCAUGCAGCGGGCAUCUUGACCAUGGGCAAGCGGGGGGAAGCUGGCUCCUUCCAAUCCCCGGAUAACAGCAUGGUCAACCAGAUGUGUCCAAGCCCACCCUCCAUGCUGGAUCACUAUUCCAGCUCUGAUUCAAUGUAACUAACUGAAGCUUCUACAGACAGAGCCGUCCGCACCCAAAGAGUGCUUGGGGCAGUUUUUAAAACUCUGUUUGGUUUAACACUGAUGUAAUGGUGAAAUGACACAACGACGUGAAACUGCCAGUCAUACGUUUUUGGUGCAUGAUUGAUAUUUUAUUGAUAUUUACUCAUUUAUUUUUUUGUUAAAAUAACCUUAAAGUGUGAAGAGGAUGGCUCUGUAGAAAGCUGAUUGAAAAUGUGAUUAUACUACCAGUAUUACAAUAAAAUCCCAGGUUGUAGAGAACAUGUGUCUUUCGGUUUACUUCACGUACACGUUAACUCCCACUCUUAGAUAUCUGCACACCCCAAACCAUACCGAAUUGUGGGAAACAGUGGUAAAAUAAUAGGAAAGUGUAGUAAAGCACAGUAAAUGUUACAGUACAAGCAAGCACAUGAAAUUGUAAAAACCAUGGUUAACCACGGAAACACAGAACACAUGCACAGUAUAUACAACAUUACUGUACAAAUAUGCCUUACGGAAGUUUUAAUUCUUGGUUUUACCAUCUGUUGUGUUGGUGAGGUCCUCUGUAAAUGGCCAGUAGAUGGCAGUGCUGUUGAGCUGUCACACACCUUGUAUA